CCGAUGGAAAGAGUUGAAGCCGUGCUGAUAGGAGCCGCCUGGAAGAGACAGCGGAGCGCYCGGGAGGACUUCGGUCCCAACUCCGGCCGCGCCGCGGGGACGCUGCCCGCCGCCGCUUGCAUGGCCCGAGGCGGCACUCCCUGAGCGCCGGGCUGGGGAGAGCCGCCGCUCCGCUCCCCUGUUCGCCCCGAGCCGAGCCCAGCCGCGCCGAGCCCAACCGAGCCCAGCCCCGCCGAGCCGAGCCCAGCCGCUCCGCGGCUGCCCCYACUCCUGCGGCAGCCGGAGCGCGAUGUGCCGGUGAGCCCCGCACCGGGAGCCCGGCGGCCACCCCAUAAAUCAUCCACAAACAAGCAUAUGAGAAAAAUAGAAGGAAGGAGUCCAAAGAGGCAUGCCAGAGAAGGAAGUUUGCAGAGUCCAAGGGAUUCAGAGAAGACUGCAGUGGGACUGUCUCUGAGAGGGAGCGUUUACAUCACCAAUUCUUGACGAGUUUACCUUCUGGGACUCUGACCUUGGACUGCUGCUGGGACGUUUGUCUUGGACUUGUCCUCUGGGCUGGUCACUUAAGAUUUUCCCUGGAGCGUGGCUUCGAAAAUGACACUUCAGUAAUGCAGAAGCUGUAUCCUCCGCGGUCCUGUCUUGGAAGCUAGAUCUGCAGCCGCCCUUCAGUCAUGAUUGUUUCAAGAUUAAAGGCCAUUUCCCUGUCAUUUCCAAGCCUUUUUCUUCUUGCUUUUCAUCUCUCAGCAUCACAGAAUGUACCUGAAUACACUGAAGCUGAACAUCAGCAAUGUGUUAGGAAAGAACACCCCACAAUUGCUUUUGAAGAUCUGAAGCCCUGGGUGUCGAAUUUCACCUAUCCAGGUGUGCAUGACUUUUCUCAGCUUGCACUGGAUGCCAACAGGAACCAGCUCAUUGUGGGAGCAAGGAACUACCUCUUCAGACUUAGUCUACACAACGUUUCUCUUAUUCAGGCAACAGCAUGGGGUUCAGAUGAAGACACCAGGAGGUCCUGUCAAAGUAAAGGGAAAACAGAGGAAGAGUGCCAGAACUAUGUCCGAGUGCUGAUUGUUUAUGGCAAGAAGGUUUUUACCUGUGGUACCAAUGCCUUUUCACCAGUGUGUUCCAGUCGACAGGUAGGAAAUCUCAGCAAAAUCAUUGACAGAAUUAAUGGAGUGGCUCGGUGCCCAUACGAYCCUCGGCAUAACUCGACAGCUGUGAUUACAUCACGAGGAGAGCUCUAUGCUGCAACUGUGAUUGAUUUUUCUGGACGGGAUCCUGCUAUUUACCGCAGCCUUGGAAAUGUUCCCCCACUUAGGACAGCRCAAUACAACUCCAAAUGGCUCAAUGAGCCUAACUUUAUUGCUGCCUAUGACAUCGGCUUGUUCACCUACUUCUUCUUCCGUGARAACGCGGUGGAACACGACUGUGGGAAAACAGUGUAUUCUCGUGUGGCAAGAGUUUGCAAAAAUGAUAUUGGAGGGAGAUUUUUGCUGGAGGACACAUGGACAACUUUCAUGAAGGCCAGGCUGAACUGCUCCCGUGCUGGAGAAAUCCCUUUCUAUUACAAUGAAUUGCAAAGCACCUUCUACCUUCCUGAGCAAGAUCUGAUCUAUGGCGUCUUCACUACUAAUGUAAACAGCAUAGCUGCCUCAGCAGUGUGUGCCUUCAAUCUGAGUGCCAUUACUCAGGCAUUUAAUGGCCCUUUCCGUUACCAAGAAAACCCAAGAUCAGCCUGGCUGCCAACGUUAAACCCCAUCCCUAAUUUCCAGUGUGGGACACUGAACGAUGACAGCCCUAACGAGAACCUGACGGAGAGAGUCCUGCAGGAUGCWCAGCGCUUGUUCCUGAUGAAUGAUGUGGUACAGCCAGUGACUGUCGAUCCAUACGUGACUCAGGACAGCAUUCGAUUUUCCAAACUGGUGGUUGAUAUUGUUCAGGGGAAGGACACUCUCUACCAUGUGAUGUAUAUUGGAACAGAGUAUGGCACCAUCUUGAAGGCCCUUUCUACCACUAACAGGAGUCUGAGGAGUUGUUAUUUAGAGGAAAUGCAGAUCCUCCCUGAUGGACAACAGGAAGCAAUAAAGAGUCUCCAAAUCCUACACAGCGACAGGUCACUCUUUGUGGGCUUAAAUAAUGGAGUGCUGAAAAUUCCUUUGGAGAGAUGCUCCAUGUACAAAACAGAAGGGGAGUGCCUGGGAGCCAGAGACCCCUAUUGUGGCUGGGAUAGCAAGCAGAAGCGAUGCACCACCAUCGAGGACAGCUCCAACAUGAGCCUCUGGACUCAAAAUAUCACUGAGUGCCCAGUGAAAAACCUGACGACAAAUGGAAGAUUGGGACCUUGGUCCCCAUGGCAACUGUGUGAGCAUUCGGAUGGGGACAGCACAGGCUCCUGCAUGUGUAGGUCACGUUCCUGUGACAGCCCUCGUCCUCGCUGUGGAGGUCGCAGCUGUGAAGGGGCCAGGAUUGAGGUCGCAAAUUGUUCAAGAAACGGCGCUUGGACACCGUGGUCUUCCUGGGCCCCAUGCAGCACCUCCUGCGGGAUCGGCUUCCAGGUGCGCCAGCGAUCCUGCAGCAAUCCCGCUCCACGCUACGGGGGCAGGGUCUGCGUUGGACAGAGCAGGGAGGAAAGGUUCUGUAAUGAGAACAGUCCAUGUCCAUUACCGAUUUUUUGGUCUUCAUGGGGACCUUGGAAUAAAUGUAGCGUGAAUUGUGGUGGAGGGAUUCAUUCAAGGCAGAGGUCCUGUGAAAAUGGAAACACRUGUCCGGGCUGUGCUGUGGAGUAUAAGACCUGUAACCCGGAGAGCUGCCCGGAGGUGCGCAGGAACACACCCUGGACCCCCUGGAUGCCUGUCAACAUCACCCAGAACGGUGCCCGCCAGGAGCAGCGCUUCCGCUACACGUGCCGGGCCCAGCUGCCAGACCCCCACGAGCUGCAGUUCGGGAGGAAGAAAACCGAGAGCCGCUUCUGCCCCAACGAUGGCUCGGCAGUGUGUGACACUGACUCUCUUGUUGAUGACCUCCUCAAGACUGGUAAGACCUCUGCACGGAUUAUCAAUGGGGGCUGGUCCUUUUGGGGGGCCUGGUCUUCCUGUUCCAGGGACUGUGAGCUGGGCUUUAGGAUCAGGAAGAGAACAUGCACAAACCCUGAACCUAAAAAUGGUGGCUUGCCCUGUGUGGGGUCAGCGAUGGAGUACCAAGACUGCAAUCCUCACCCCUGCCCAGUGAAAGGCUCGUGGUCCUGCUGGACUCCCUGGUCCCACUGCUCAGCCACCUGUGGGGGUGGGCACUACCAGCGCACACGGACCUGCACCAACCCCGCUCCAUCCAGCGGGGAGGACAUCUGCAUYGGGCUGCACACCGAGGAGGCCCUCUGCAACACCCACCCCUGCCAAGGUGGCUGGUCAGAGUGGUCYGAGUGGAGCCUGUGCAAUGAAGAGGGCAUCCAGUACCGCAGCCGCUACUGCGAGGUGCACAGCCCGGACUCCUUCCAGUGCGUCGGAAACAGCACCCAGUACCAGGAUUGCCUGUAUAAUGAAAUUCCUGUGAUCCUGCCAGCCUCCAGCAUCGAUGAGAGCACAAACUGUGGAGGUUUUAGUCUCAUCCAUCUGAUUGCCACUGGGGUCUCUUGUUUCUUCGGCUCCAGCCUCUUAACGUUUGUGAUUUACGUGUACUGCCAGCGCUGCCAGAGGCAGUCCCAGGAGUCCACUGUUAUCCACCCAACCACUCCCAACCAUCUCCAUUACAAGGGCAACACAACCCCCAAGAAUGAGAAGUACACCCCUAUGGAGUUCAAGACACUUAACAAGAACAACUUGAUACCGGACGACAGGACCAACUUCUACCCACUGCAGCAAACCAAUGUGUACACAACAACCUAUUAUCCCAGCACACUGAAUAAAUAUGAUUACAGGCCCGAGGCCUCCCCUGGAAGGACCUUUGCCAACAGCUGAUGAUGGACAGAUCCUACAGGACUGGAUAACUUCCUAUAUGAUUUUUUUUUUUUUUAAAUUGAUUUUAUGGACCAAAUACCGGCCCAGCCUCUAGAUGUAAAUAUUGUACAGUAGGGUCUUUUUUUUUCCUUUGGUUAAUUGUGUUUCUUGUAAACAGCACAUCUCCUUACAAGGACAAAAAUGCAUAUGGACYGUUCUGCGGAGCUUUUGUGGAUAUUUGGCUGGAGAUGGCUCUUCCACUGCAACUGUUUAUGGCUGGAAGAUCAGCAUGCUGUCCGAGGCUGAGGUUGUUGAGAAGGGGGCUGUGUGCUGGGCUGAGUGSCCACUGAGCAGCCACACACAGCACAUGGAGCACUCCAGACAAGGCAAGAGGUGGCCUCCUGGAGCAGGGCUGGAUACAUCCUUUGUGAGCCAGGACAGCAAUGGUGCGGUGGAUGACACACAGCUCAUGGGACAGGCCAAACAGGACUCCAUCAUGACAACAACUUGAAGAACAUUUUCUUUUUUCCUUUUUAAUUUUAUUUUUGAUUUU